AGAAGGGUUAGCUGACCUUCUCUGCUUCGUCCUUCCUUCCUGCGUCUCCUGGUCCGUGGAAAAGCUCGCGAGUCAGUACCACGCGUCUCCAAUGUCCGUAAACGUCAAGGAGGAACCUGUGCUUGCCCCUAACUGCGAUGUCGUCGAGAACUCAGAGCUCGAAGUUCUCAACGGAGAUGAGGAGAGUAAGCUUGAGGAUUAUGGGACUUGUGUAGAUGUUAUAACCGAGAGAGUCAAUCAGCUUGAGCAAAAUGUAGUGGAGGUUGAACAGUUUUACUCCACCAAAGACGGAGCAGGUCAAACGAACACUUCCAAGAGUAACUCCGGCGGUAAAAAAGUUGCUAUGUCUCAACCCUCCAAGUGUAGCUCCGCUGGGAAAGAGAAAACAAGAGGCAAACAUGUUUCCAGCCCUGAACUUAUGCGUCAGUUUGCAACCAUUAUUCGUCAGAUUGCUCAACAAAAAUGGGCGUGGCCGUUUUUGGAACCUGUUGAUGUUGAAGGGCUAGGACUCGAUGAUUAUCACAAGGUUAUAGAGAAGCCAAUGGAUUUGGGAACUAUUAGAACCAAAAUGGAGGGUUCGGAGUAUAGCAAUGUCCGGGAGAUAUAUGCUGAUGUCAGGCUAGUUUUCAAGAACGCGAUGAGAUAUAACGAAGAGAAGCAUGAUGUCUAUGUGAUGGCUGAAUCUCUCUUGGAGAAGUUUGAGGAGAAAUGGCUUACCAUUAUGCCUAAACUCGUCGAAGAGGAAAAGAAACAAGCAGAGGAAGAGGCUCAGGAUCGUGCUAGUAAGCAGCUUGCUGUGGAGGCUGCUCAAGCAGAGAAGGCUAGAGAUUUAAGCAACGAACUGUAUGAGAUUGAUCAGGAGCUUGAGAAACUCAGGGAGAUAGUGGUUCAGAAAUGCAGAAAGCUCUCCACUCAAGAGAAGAAGGGACUUUCUGCAGCUUUAGGUCGACUCUCUCCUGAGGAUCUGUCCAAGGCGCUGAAAAUGGUUUCAGAGGGCAACCCGCAUUUCCCUGCUGGAGCACCAGAAGUGGAGCUUGACAUUGAUCUUCAGAGUGAUGUAACUUUGUGGAGGCUGAAGGUGUUUGUGCAAGAAGCACUGAAAGCAGCUAACAAAAGCUCUGGAGGAGGAACAAACGCACAAAACAACAAUAAUGGUGGAGAGAUGAACAAGACCGCUGCGAAAAGAAGGAGAGAGAUCACUGAAGCUAUUAAAGCUAAUAAAGUUAAAAAAGCCAAGAAGGCUUGAAUCUCUUCUUUUUUUUUUUUUUUUUUUUUUUUUCUCUCUCUCUCUCUCUCUCUCCCUCUCUCUCUCUAAUCUAUGUGUGUUAAGUUAAUCCCGCAAGGAACACUGGAACAGACGAAACUGGUGAACAUCAAUCUGAAUUAGAGACUUCCUA